AAAGUGGUCGCGUCAGCAGGCCGACAGCAGAGCGAGAUCCAGAGACCACCAGCGGCAGAGGACUGUCCAGCCACAGCGGCUGCAGUUAUAGCCACCACCACCACCACCACCUUCCUCCCUCCCUCCUCCGAUCCCAUCUCCGUCCUCCCCUCCCGUCGCCUCCGCCUCCCCCGACCUCCCUCUCCGAGAUAUUCUGUAGGAAAUGGCUGACGGUGAGGACAUCCAGCCCCUUGUCUGCGACAAUGGAACCGGAAUGGUCAAGGCUGGUUUCGCUGGAGAUGAUGCGCCAAGGGCUGUUUUCCCUAGCAUAGUUGGUCGCCCUCGGCACACUGGUGUCAUGGUAGGGAUGGGGCAGAAGGAUGCUUAUGUUGGUGAUGAGGCGCAGUCCAAGAGAGGUAUCCUCACGCUCAAGUACCCCAUCGAGCACGGUAUCGUAAGCAACUGGGAUGACAUGGAGAAAAUCUGGCAUCACACUUUCUACAAUGAGCUCCGUGUGGCACCCGAGGAGCACCCUGUGUUGCUCACUGAGGCCCCUUUGAACCCAAAAGCCAACAGAGAGAAGAUGACCCAGAUUAUGUUUGAGACUUUCAAUGUUCCUGCCAUGUACGUCGCUAUUCAGGCCGUGCUUUCCCUCUAUGCAAGUGGUCGUACUACUGGUAUCGUUCUCGACUCUGGUGAUGGUGUCAGCCACACUGUGCCCAUUUAUGAAGGAUACGCGCUUCCCCAUGCCAUUCUUCGUUUGGAUCUCGCUGGUCGGGAUCUCACGGACUCCCUUAUGAAGAUCCUCACCGAGAGAGGUUACUCCUUCACAACCUCAGCUGAGCGGGAAAUUGUAAGGGACAUCAAGGAGAAGCUUGCGUACGUUGCCCUUGAUUAUGAACAGGAGCUGGAGACUGCCAAGAACAGCUCCUCAGUUGAGAAGAGCUACGAGCUUCCUGAUGGUCAGGUGAUCACGAUUGGCGCAGAGAGGUUCAGGUGCCCUGAGGUCCUCUUCCAGCCAUCCAUGAUCGGCAUGGAGUCUUCUGGAAUCCACGAGACGACCUACAACUCCAUCAUGAAGUGUGACGUGGAUAUCAGGAAGGACUUGUAUGGAAACAUCGUGCUCAGUGGUGGCACAACUAUGUUCCCAGGUAUCGCUGACCGUAUGAGCAAGGAGAUCACCGCCCUUGCUCCGAGCAGCAUGAAGAUCAAGGUCGUCGCUCCACCUGAGAGGAAGUACAGUGUCUGGAUCGGAGGGUCCAUCCUAGCCUCACUCAGCACUUUCCAACAGAUGUGGAUAUCCAAGGAUGAGUACGACGAGUCUGGCCCAGCGAUCGUCCACAGGAAGUGCUUCUGAUCUCCACGAGCGCUCCACUGCUGUUAUCAUCUAGUCUUCGGUUAUGUUUGGUUCAUUCUUCUAGAAAUGUAUUGCGUAUUUGCAAGCUAUGUUUUUUUCCAGACGUGACGUGGGUACUCUUGGGAUACGCCACCUAUAUACGUGGCGGCUCCAUGGUGCAAGUGCAAGUACACUAUCUAUGUUUGUGCAUUGUCAGUGUGUUUGUGGGAUCAGUUGUCAAACUUGGGUUGGCUUGAUUUGUUGUUGGGAAUUGUCUGUAAUAGCUCAUGGUUUUUGCUAUGUAUUUUUAUAUCUUACUAUUGCUCUGAGGGGAGAAUCAUGGUAAAUUAUGGAUUUUUUAAA